UUUAAUGGGCAUUGGUGAGCGCAGAGGGGAAGGACGAGGAGGCACGGACGGAGAGGUGUGUGAAGUCUGCCCGAGCUCAGGCGUAAAGUCAGGCGUCGAUCUGAAGCAGCAUGACUCUUCUAACACUUGGACUGUACCUGCCUCUGUGCUUCUCUUUAUUAUUUCCAGCCCCAGAAGCUAUGAGGUUCAACAUUUUUCGGAAGUUCAACCCUGCUUGCUGUUUACUGAGUCCUCCUCCACCCCCACUGUUUCCUCCACCCCCUUCACUUCUCUACACAUUUAACAUAGACUCAUUCCGUCAUGGUGAUGGAUUUGAAUUGGAGAUAGGAGCAUUGGAGAUGGGAGCAAAGCAAGGAGAAAAGCAAGGAGAAAAGCAAGGAGAAAACAAGCAAAACAAGGAGAAAAGUUCUGACUGUGUCCGGGGCCCUGCUGGACCUGCUGGACCUGCUGGUCCUCCAGGACCACAGGGUCCACCUGGAUUACCGGGGAUAAAAGGAUCUAAAGGAGAAAAGGGAGAAAUCGGAAGACCUGGGCAAAAGGGUCGGACAGGGCCGCCUGGGCUGCCAGGGAAGCAGGGAGUGGCCGGAUGGGCAAGUACAACAGGGGCCAAAGGUGAGAAAGGUGACCCGGGGUUGAUGGGCUUGCCUGGAGCCAGAGGAGUAAUUGGGCCAAGGGGUUUACCUGGGUAUAAAGGGGAAAAGGGUUCCGGGGGUGAUCUUGGUGAGACUGGAAUGAAAGGAGACAAGGGUGCAAUGGGCUUCUCGGGAAUGCUUGGACAAAAAGGUGAAAUGGGUCCAAAGGGAGAGCCUGGAAUAUCAGGAAAUAGAGGACCUACAGGCCGGCCGGGGAAGAGAGGAAAGCAGGGAACAAAGGGAGACUCAGGAAGAUCUGGUCCUAUGGGACCCGCGGGCCCGCAGGGACUUCCAGGACACCCGGGUCCUCCCGGUUCUCCUUCCACAGGACUCUACAUGGUUGGAGCAAAAGGCACACGUGGUCCACCAGGUCCUCCUGGAAAGUGCAGCUGCAGCUCUCUCAGUACCGCUCCAUUUGAUGAUUAUACGUCUGAAGCAAACUAUCCCAAAGUGCCAGCGAUAUUCGUGGUGAGCAAUGAGGAAGAGAUGGAGCGUCUUCACACCGAUAAUGCUCUUGCAUUCCGCAAAGACCAGAGAUCUCUUUAUUUCAAAGACAUUGAUGGUUGGCUGCCCAUUCAGACCUUUCCAUUCCAGCUGUCACCCUUCCAGUCCAUGGAAAAUGCACCAGAUGAUGAAGGUUAUUGCGGUGAUGGGAUAGUGCAAAUUUCCAGAGGGGAGGAGUGUGAUGACAAAAACAGAGUCGUCACUGACGGCUGUGUCAAGUGCAAACACGCCUACUGCGGAGACGGAUACCGCUAUGAAGGGGCUGAGGAGUGUGAUGGGAAAGACUUUGGAUACCAGACAUGCAAUUCAUAUCUUCCAGGGUCAUACGGUUUCCUCAAGUGCACACCAAACUGUGUUAUUGACUCCACAAACUGCAAGUAUUUCACUUGAGGUGGGGCCUGGACAGUGCAGCGGGACCCUGCGUGUCAUUGACGUCACAUUUGAGAAGAAUUUUUUCGUAUAAAAAAGGAAAGGAACAGUAAUGCUCCAAGCAUGGAUCUCAGAGAGAAGCGGCCCCCAAACAUUCAACAAAGAAAACACAUGAAUAAAAUACAAAGAAAAUCCCCAACACUGGAAAUCUAAAGGACAUCUGCACUCUGUCUUAAUGGGCAGGAUUUCAACUGGACCUUCUGACCGUGCCCACCUGCACCGAAACCAACCUCCAAAUGCAACAGCUGUGCGACAGCCAUGCAGACUUAACUAAGUGCCAGCGGGUAUAAGAGACACGGCCCCCGGGGGAUUCUGCUGCAGCGUGAAUGACAAUGCAUCGCAAUUGCAUGAGGCUGGGAUUACUAAGACCAUGACAGCAGCUUUACUUAUUUUCAAAAUUUUUUGUACUGUAUCCUCAGUAUCUCAUCAGGAGGUUCUAAUGUAAAGGUACAAUCAGGCUUGUAAUGUUUGAAUGAGACUGUUACUGUUGACCAGGAGGCCACACUUGAAAGCUGACUUGUCAUAAAACUUCAAAAGGUUGACUUGGCUUCAUUAGCAAGUGGUGUACUAUACUUUACUUUACAGUGACACUCAGUCUGGACAGGAUUUCAUAAACCAGAAACUUUCUCAGGAAUUAACCGGUAACAGCUCCUGUGAGCAUCUUUUCCAUGUAUGCCUCACUGCACUUCAUGUAAAUGAAAUGGCUUUGACUGUAGACUGGGGCACACAGGUAACUCAUACAAAAGCUUUAAUGCGUUGACAAGCCCUGAAUAAUCAUGUUGCUUCCCUGUGCUUCGGUGAUUAAAAGAAAAAAAGAAAGAAAUAUGUGAAGGCUUGAAACUGUUAAAAAUCUUAAUUUUCUCACUGCACAGGACUGGCUGGACUCGUCUGUAGCUUCUAGAGGGGAAGGAAUUUAAAUUCCAGCCUGUUCUAUCCUCAUUACUGUAUUACUCUAAUACCUCUUUAUCCAGUCUUUCGGUCUUAUACAGCAACAGAGACUCAAAAGUAUUCUUAACAGUGUAGAUGUAGUCUGCUGCGUGCUGAAAACAACUGUGCCAACAUAAGCUGACAUUUUCCAUAAGCUACCGUGCCAAGACCUUUUCUCAACUACACUUAGAUGAAGUCAGGUGUUAUAAAAUGAUUUGUCUGUAAAAGGAAUCAAAAGAACAAGACUGUUAUUAUAUGCUUGUGGAAGAAAAAAAACUGCUAGAAGGUGUGAAAUACUUCCACUUUGACAAACACGGUUUUGUAAAUCACCGUUGCGUUCAUCAGCAUAGCGAGUGUCUUAAGAAGUGCUCUGUCUAGAUUGUAGCUUUUUGCUGUAUGAAAAACCUUAUAGUGAUGAACUGUGCCAGGCACAAAACUGAAAUACUGUUGGGAAACUAUGUUGAAUGUUGUGUUUGUGGUCUGUGCUGCUCUGACGCCGUCUAUGCACACCGAUGCUGAAACAUGCAUGUGCUAACGUACUGUACUGUAAGGCUUUAUGAUGUGCCAUAUGCAUUGUGACUGGGACGUUCAUGUAGUCUCAUUAUUAUCUGAUAUGAUUUUUACAUUAGUUGUUGAUACUUUAAAAGAUAAAGAGACAAAAUAAACAAGAAUUUAAAUCUCUGUCAGCAUCUUUGAACUGAUUGUUGAGAUCGAUUGGAAACGAUGCAAAAACAAACCAAGAAAAUAAAAACAAGAAACAGUGAUGGAUCAGACAGGGACAGAUAUCUAUCAGGUGAAAACUGCAGCUUCCUUUAAAAAGCUGCAUUAAACUCAAUGGUAAACAGACCAACUGGUGAACUCUGUGUUUCUCAGACAUAGCAAUGGCUUUUCAGCUUAAUGAAGCCCUGCAGAGCUGCCUCUGUGACUGCAGAUGAAGGAAGGCGAUAAAGGCUGUGGACAGGCAGCCAGCCAGCAUUGUAGCCAAGAUGUUUGAGGCUGGAUGCGACCAUCUAAGUAUAUUACCAUGCUGUAUUACUUUUCUAAAUCACAUCAGGACAAUCCGUCUGCAAAGAGGCCUGAAUAAAAGCUUACCUUAGUGUACUUAUCCCAUCAUGUGCAUUCCCCCUGACCAGGCCAAUCAGAUUUGUACCCCAGAUGG